UUUCAUUAUGAAGUCCAUCAUCUGUCUGUCAGCGUCGUGGAGGACAGUAUGUCAGCAAGCCUCUGUGUGUUUUCCUCUGUACCGUGGCCUCAGUCUCUGCAACUCAUCAGAAAGACUCAAAGAUCCUGAAUUUUUGUGUAAAACAGUCAUUGCGCAACAGCCGUGCGUAACUGACGCGCGCUGUUUCCAAAGAGAAAGGACGCGGAUCCCAGCAGGUUGCGCUCCUAAACUUUAUCCGGUUCCAGCAUCUUCAGCCAAUAAAAUGACCUCCUAUCACACUGAUGUGAACAUGGUACAGUUACCUACAGACAGAGGAGCCCAACAACUGUCUCCAUACACACCUUAUGCCAUUAAUGCACAGCAAGGGACACUUGUUAAUAUCCAGUCUCUGUUUGAGGAGGAGGUCAUCAUCGAUUUGUGCUCUAAGCUGGCAGAGUUUUCCUGCAAUGACAGAGCAGAAGGACUGGCCACUUUACUCGAAGCAUGUGUUGAGUUUGGCUUGGAGGCCCACAGCCCUCCAGUCCUGAUCCUGGUGAAAGAGUGUCUGGAGCUGCUUUCCAACAGGGAUGUCGGGGUGGCACAGCUCUGCCAUCUAGGAAUGGUAGCAUGUGCCCUGGAAGGCCGUGGGUCCAGAGUGGUGACAGAGGUCCUGAACUCCAUAAUCUGUGCUGUAGAGGAGGAUAUGGUCUCCCCCAGUGAAGCUGCUGCAGUCUACUCCCUGCUGACAGCCUUCUAUGAGCCAAGCUGCCAGCGGCAAACACUGAUGCUGUCUGCUCUCCACAGACAGACUCAAAGGCAGGUCCACAGGCUGAGAGCCAGCCAAGUCAGUGAGAUUCUGCAGUCUCUGGUCAAGUUAAAGCAUAAACAGGCGAUUUCCUUGGUGCUGAGGCUGACCCACAGAGCUUCACGGAUCUUUAAAGAUUUCAGUGAUGGUGAAAUAAUCAAGGUGCUCUCUGCUCUAAUGAUUCUGAAGCAACAUGAUGACGAACUCCUAGCUGCUAUGGAGAAACACCUUCCAGGCAGGCUGGGAAAGUGUGAUCCAGAGCUGAUCAGUACAGUCAUGGAUUACUGUUUGCAUACGAGGUGCCGGUCUGAGCUGAUCUUUGAGGCUGUAGCUGAGAACUUUGUAUGCAGCGCUGAGACGCACACCGACAUGCAGAUAACUAAACAGGUUGUUGCGAUUGGGCGGCUCAACUACCUACCUCAGUGUUCCAAUCAGAUGUUUGAAAAGCUGGAGAAAGUUUUAUCGGCAAGAUUUUCCAACUUCAAGCCUCGAUCCCUAAUAGAUGUGCUGCACGCAUGCAUACACCUGGAACGUUUUCCACUCAACUACAUGGUCAGGAUCUUUAGCCCAUACUUCCUACAAAAACUGCAAGCAAACAGUGAACCUGUGGACAAGACUGUUUUGGGACAACUAACACAGCUCCAUCUUUCUGCCUCAUUAGAGUGCACUUGCUACUUGGGUCCCAAACUUCCCUUCUUUCUCCAUAUGAAGAAGUUUUCUUCCCCUGAUCAGGCCUUUGAGAGCCCUAUGGAGACAUUACUGUACAGACAGGUCACAGGCCCACUUGUGCAGCUUCUAGGGGGGAAAUUCUUUUCCACCAGAGUCUUCACUUCUAUUGGAUAUACUGUUGAUUUGGAGAUUUCUGUGGACGAGAAUGGAUUCAUUCUUCCCCAGUCUCAGUGGGAACACACAUACAAAAGAAUUGCACUGUGUUUGGAUGGUCCAAGCCGUUUCUGUAGGCACACGCAACACCUGCUGGGGAAGGAAGCCACCAAGAGGAGACACCUCCAAAGGAUAGGAUAUGAAGUGGUGGAGAUCCCUUACUUUGAAUUUGAGAAGCAGGAAACUCAGGAGCAACAGGUCAAAUACCUUCAUGACAAGAUUUUACCUGCCAUCUCCAAGUGCAGAUUAAAUCCUCCUACAGAUUAAAAUAAGAGCAUCCAUACUAAGGCUACAUUCAAAUAUUCUAAUCUACACUGACUGGAUAGCAAGAUUAUGGGGAAAUAAAAAUGAUCUUUUCAAUGUGAAAGACACCAAAACCUUACAGGUUUUGCACUUUUUCAAGGGCUUCCUAUUGGUUCCCAUUUGACUUUUAACGGUAUUCACCAACUGGCCUUAGGUUCAGUAAAAUUAUGUAAUUACGUAAAAUAUAUUUUGUUUGGGGUAUUUUCUUUCUGCUUGUUUUUGUUGUAGCUGGAAUUCAAUUUCCAAUCAACUUUUAUGACUAUUUAAGUUA